AUUCCUUCAUUUUCUUUUUGUCUUUAUUCUCACUUCACUCUCCAAAUUCAAAUCAAAUUCUAGAAACUUCUUCUCCCUUCACUUCAUCUUCCAUUUUUCUCUGUUUCUUCAUUAUUAUUAUUGAUUUCAUAUCGUGUUUGUAAUUCUUGAGGUUUUCCAGUUUCUAUAACUUAACUAUGGAUUUUGAGGCUUCUGAUGUGAAGGAAACUGUUUUUCGUGAUGACUUUGAAUCCAAAGAUGAUGAUGAUGAUGAUCAUGUUCUUUUGUCAACAAGGAUAUUGCAGAUUUCGAGUUUGGGAAAAUGUAGUAGUAAACGAGAUGCAUCUGGUAAAAGGCUAUUUGACAAUGGCAAUUCAUUGCAUAUUAAAGCUAAGAAAUCAAAGGUGUCAACAUAUGAUGAUCACGAUGAUGAUGAUGAUAUUCAUUUGUCGGAUAAAAUUGUGAGGCCGGUAAAAUCGACGGAUAAGUCGUUUUCUUUGCUGAGGAAAGAUCUUGUAAUGUUAGAAAAAAUAUUUGAGGAAGGUAAAGGGAAGAUGCGGGAAGAAGAGAAGAAAUUGCAGUCUAUAAAGAGAGAGAUUGAGGAGUGUAGCAGAGAGCUUGUAACUAAGAAGAAGCAUAAAGUUAGUUGUGUUAAAAAAAUUGAAGAAGCUUGCAGCAAAAUGCAGGAUAAAAUUGAAGAAUGUACCAAGGAGUUUGUAGUGAAGGAAGGACAGCUUUAUUUGCUAGAGGACUUGAUUGGAGAGCGCACGGAAGAGCUCAAGACGAAAGAGAUAGAACUCAUUAAAGUCAAGGGUAACAUUUCAAAAGUAAUAGAACUUCGUCGAGUCAAUAUUGGAAGAAUUGACAAGGAACGUGGAAGGAAGGAAGGGGAACUCGAGGCUCUUUCCCAAAAAAUUGCUGAAUGUAGUUUGGAACUUAAGGCAAAAGAGAAGGACCUUGAUGCAGUGAACAAAUUAAUUGUCGGACAAACAAAACAGUUUGAGUCUGAAAAGAAGAAGUUUCUACAGGGGAUGUUUCUAAUGAAGGAUGAUCGCGCUCAAAUGAAGGAAUUUGGGUCAAUGAAGAAGCAAUUUGGAUGUCAGGUUAAGGAACUUGAGUCCAAAGAGAAGCAGUAUGAAGGACGGAUGGAGGAGCUUAAGUCACAGGAGAAGCGCAUUGAAGGAAGAGUUGAGGAUUUGGAAUCAAGAGAAAAGCAGCUUCAAGGACAUAUGAAGGAGUUUGAAUCAAAACAGAAGCAAUUUGAAGAACGGGCAAUGGAGCUAGAAACAAAAGAGAUGCAACAGGAAGGCCGGGAGAAGGAGUUUGAAUCGAAAAAGGAGAAAUUAAAAGGCCAAGAGAGGGAGCUGGAAUUUAAAAAGGAGCACUUUGAAAGCCAAAUGAAGGUGUUAGAGUCGAUAGAUAACCGACUUGUAGGCCGAGUGAGGGAGUUUGAGUCAAAGGAAAGGGAGUUUGAAUGUAAAAUGAAAGAGUUGAUAUCGAAACAGAAGCAUUUGGAAAGCCGAUUAGAGGAGCUUAAGUCAAAUGAAAAGAAGCUUGAAGACCGAGUGAAGGAGCAUGGCUCAAAAGAAAGAGAGUUUGAAGUCCGUGUGAAGGAGAUGGAAUCUAAAAAGAACCACUUUGAAACACAGGUGAAGGAAUUUGAAUCAAAAGAAAGGGAGUUUGAAGGCAAUCUGAAUGAGAUGCUAUCUAAACUGAAGCAUUGUGAAAGCCGGAUGACAGAGCUUGAUUGCAAAGCGAGGCAGCAUGAAGGCCGAACGAAGGAACAUGAAUCAAAAGUGAGAGAAUUUGAUGGCCAUGUGAAGGAAUUUGAUGUCCGGUUGAAGGAGUUUAAAUCACAAGAGGAUGAAUUUGAAGGCCGGGUGAAGAAGUUUGAAUCAAAAGAGGAUGAAUUGGAAGGCCAGAUUAAGGAGUUGGAAUCAGAAAAGAAGCGUUUCAUGAGUCAAGCGAUGGAGCUCGAAUCAAAAGAAAAUCAAUUUGACACAAAAAUGAAAGAGUUUCAAUCAAAAGAGGAGGAACUUGAAGGUCGAGUGAAGGACAUUAAAUCAAAAGAGGAGGAACUUGAAGGCCGGAUGAAUGAGUUGGAAUCGGAAAAGAUGUGUUUCUUGAGUCAAGCGAUGGAGCUCGAAUCAAAAGAAAAUCAGUUUGACAGAAAAUUGAAAGAGUUUCAAUCAAAAGAGGAGGAAUUUGAAGGUCGAGUGAAGGGCGUUAAGUCAAAAGAGGGGGAACUUGAAGGCCAAGUGAAGGACAUUAAAUUAAAGGAGGAGGAACUCGAAGGUCGAGUUAAGGAGCUCAAAACAGAAAAGAAGCAUUUUGAAAUGCUAGUUAAAAACUUCAAAUCAAAAGAGAAGAAAUAUGAAAGAUUGUGGAACGAACUUGAAUUAAAAGAAAAUAAGUUCAAAGUAAAGGUGAAGGCAAAGCUGAAUAAAAUAGAUAGUCAACCAAAGGAGCCUGAGUUGUCAGAGAAACAAAAUGGAGUUUUAACAAAACAUACUGUUGAAGAAAAAUAUUCGGCUACAUCGGAUCAAUUAAGUGCUCCUAUGGAUGGAAGAGGAUUGCAGUUGGACACAAAUAAGAAAACUGAUGGGGUUGAGUCACUUUGCUGUGGUGUUUUAGUAAAUCUGCUAGAAUCAUCAGAUCCAGCAAAAUUUGUUUUGGAUAUAAUACGGAACCCCACUAUUCCACUUUGUGAUAAGAAAGGAGACCAUGCUGUGAUUAUUAAUGAUAGCCACAUCAAUCUGCUAGAACAACUGAUGACAAUCUCACCAUAUAUCAAACCUAGUGUACGAAAAGAAGCAUUGAAGCUAGCACUUGAUUUGAAAGCUAACAUGAAGGAAAAUACUGAAAAUUAUUUGGCGGUUCUUGGUUUUCUUCUCCUUUUGUCAAAUUAUGGAUUGGUUACUUCUUUUAUUGAAGAUGAAAUUUUGGAGCAUUUUGCAUUUGUUGCUCAUUACAAGAUGGCUGCAAAGCUGUUUAGGAACCUUAGCUUUGUGAAUAAAGUUUCUGAUUUUGUUGAGAAUCUUAUCAAGAGAAAGCAAUUUGUUGGAGCUGUUAGAUUCAGUUGUGAAUAUAACUUGGCUGACAAGAAUCGACAAAUUGAUCUCUUGCAAGAACACGUCCGGAAUGCCAAACAGAUAUGUGAGACCAGUUGCAACAACAGCAACUCCAUUGAAAUCAAGGAUAAGGCGAGAGAUCGAGAAAUCGCUAGUCUGGAAACUGUUCUACAGUGCAUUUCAGAUCAAGGCCUAGAACCUAAGGUUCUGUUUAACAAGGAGAUUAAAUAUCGCAUUCUUGAGCUAAAAGGAUAUAAAGGCAAUUAGUUUUCUACUAGAACAACUUAAUGCAAGAAUGUAGUAAUAGAGUUUAUUGGGAGGGAUAGAUGCUAUUCAUGCUAAAUAUAAAAGCUUAAUUAUAUCACUAUUUGUAAAGCUUUAAAUCUUUAUACGCUAAAAGAUCUUUGUAAUGAAAUUCUGUUUCUUUUAUUCGAUUUGUUAGCAUAUAUUUGAGUCGAAUAUGAGAACACAUUCACUCUAAUUGUCGCAGUCAGAUUGUAUAUUGUGGGGAAUGGAGAUGAGAAUGGUAUGUGAUCUUCUUUGU